AUGACAAAAUCAAGAAUAAUCGGAGUUUUAACGGCCGUGAUCUCUCCGGUUUUGGCGGCUUCCGGGUUAUCGGACGGUGGAGAUCACGGGAGGUUUAAGAGGCGUGAUCCUCUUAACAGCUUUAGGUAUUACAAUGGAGGUUUCGACGUCCGAAACAAACAUUACUGGGCAGCUACGGCAUUUACCGGAAUCCACGGUUACGCCGUCGCCGGAGUGCUGAUUAUCGCCGGCGUUUGUUUCGGACUUUACGUAGCUUUCUCCGACAAAAGAAGAAGAAGACGUGUUUCUUCCACGCGCUGCCGUUAUCUUGACCGUUACUACAUUCCUCUGUUCUUACUUCUUCUCCUCUUCAUGCUUCUCUCCAUGGCAACGACAGGGAUAGUGAUAGCAGCGAAUCAGAACGCGAAGAACAGAACAGAGGAGAUGAAAGAAGCAAUAGACAAAGCUGGAGAAGAUGUUGAGAGAAACAUCCGAACAGUCAUAACGUCGUUAACGAAAAUACAGUACUUGUUGCUUCCGUACGAUCAGAAAACGACUCAUCUUCUCAAUGUCACCACUCAUCGACUCGGAAAAGGAUCUCGCCUUAUCCAAAGCUUCGUUCUUCAUAAAGGUCCUUCCAUUGAUCUCGCCAUCAAAAUCUCGUAUGUAACUCAUCUUAUGAUUGUAUCGACCAACUUGUUCGUUCUGCUUCUAGCCUUUGCUCCUCUCUUGCUUCAUUGGUAUCCUGGAUUCAUCAUGGUGAUCUUCUUGUGUUGGAUUUUAACCACUUUUUGUUGGGCUCUAACUGGAUUUGAUUUCUUCCUUUGCACCUUCGCAGAAGACGUUUGUUCAGCUAUUAAUGGCUUCGUACAAGACCCUCAAAACAACUCGCUGACUAGUCUUUUCCCUUGUAUGGAUCCUCUUCAUUCUGAUAAAACCCUAGGUGUAAUCAGCCUAAUGAUCCAUAACUUCAUCACCCAGUUAAAUUCAAAAGUAGCAGAGUCAAUGCAUUCUUCAUAUGCGCUAACUGCUCGGAGCAACACAGUCCCGUCGUCGCCGGAAUCUGGACUGAUAUGUGAUCCAUUUGUCGGACAGCAGAUUAACAGCUACACACCACAAAGCUGCUCCAAUGGCGCCAUUCCAAUCGGUGAAUUCCCAAAUAUGCUUUCGAGAUUCACAUGCCACGACAAGGAUCCACCGGAAACUUGCAGAAUCACCGGAAAGUUCAUUACCCAAGAAGCUUACCUCAAGGUCUAUGCUUACAGCAACUCAGCUCAAGGGAUGCUCGACAUCUUGCCAUCUCUUCAAAACCUAACACAAUGCCUUGCCUUAAAAGACACGUUAUCGAGCAUCGUCUCUAACCAAUGUAAACCCUUUAAGGGUUCGAUCUAUUGGCUUUGGGCAUCGAUGCUUGCUCUAUCUAUUGUCAUGAAGGUCCUGGUUUUGCUCUUCCUCGCUAAAGCUUUCCAGGAGAGAGGAAAGAGUUUUGCCUGGUUUUCGAUUAAUCCCAUUUCUUCUGGGGAAAGACGACACAGAAAAGCUAAGCUAAGUUGCGAAUCCUCUACAUACAUGUCCGGAAAUUCGGCUUCUGGUGGUCUCCGGGGGUUUUCAGGAGGUUGCAGAUACUCAUUCCUCACUUUAGUAUGGACCGUCGUUGGAUUCUUCCUUGUGGCUCAUCUCCUCUCCCUCUACAACAGAAAAGACAACAUUGAUCACCAAGAAGCUCCUUCUCAUCAUUUACAACUCCAUCAUCGCCACCAUCAUCAUCCUAUUGUUCAUGAGCUUGUGAGAGUCGAAGAAGAGAUGCUGAGAAUGCCGCCACCUAGGAAGCGUUCUCCCCGCACAAGCAAACGGAAAUCAAGAAAACCGAUCCCUCUCGUUGAGGAGUUUCUCGACGAGAAGUCUCCGAUUCGGCAUCUCUUCUUCCCCGGUAUGGAAACCGCCGCGUUUGGUCCUACAAAGGAUAUGGGAAACGAUACAUUGCAUUACUUCCCUGGGAAAAUCUGGAUGGACACUGAAGGUAAUCCGAUUCAAGCUCACGGCGGAGGGAUUCUCCACGACGAGAAGUCUAACAUUUACUAUUGGUAUGGUGAGUAUAAAGAUGGACCAACCUACCACGCUCACAAGAAAGGACCAGCUAGAGUUGAUAUUAUAGGUGUUGGUUGUUACUCUUCAAGAGACUUGUGGACGUGGAAAAACGAAGGGAUUGUGCUUAGAGCUGAAGAAACAAACAAGACUCAUGAUCUGCAUAAAUCAAAUGUUCUUGAGCGACCAAAAGUGAUCUACAACGAAAAGACGGAAAAGUAUGUCAUGUGGAUGCAUAUCGACGAUGCAAACUACACGAAAGCUUCGGUUGGUGUAGCCAUCAGCGAUAACCCGACCGGUCCGUUCGAGUAUCUAUACAGUAAACGUCCACACGGGUUCGAUAGUCGGGACAUGACUGUCUUCAAAGACGACGACGGUGUUGCGUACCUGAUUUACUCGUCUGAAGUCAACAGCGUGCUUCAUAUCGGACCCUUAACCGAAGAUUACCUCGACGUGACGCCGGUUAUGAAGAGAGUCAUGGUUGGACAGCACAGGGAAGCUCCAGCGAUCUUCAAGCAUGAGGAUACUUAUUACAUGGUCACUUCUUGGUGCACCGGUUGGGCUCCAAAUGAAGCAUUGGCUCAUGCGGCUGAGUCGGUGAUGGGUCCAUGGGAGAAGCUGGGGAAUCCGUGUAUCGGGGGUAACAAGGUUUUCCGGUUAACGACGUUCUUUGCUCAGAGCACUUAUGUGAUUCCUUUACCGGGCGUUCCCGGCGCGUUUAUCUUCAUGGCGGAUCGGUGGAAUCCGGCGGAUUUGCGGGAUUCGAGAUACGUGUGGCUACCGUUAGUUAUAGGAGGACCAGCUGAUCAGCCAUUAGAGUCCAACUUCGGGUUUCCGAUGUGGUCGAGAGUGUCUAUAUACUGGCACAGUAAAUGGCAUCUACCUUAA